AAAAAAGAAAAUAAUUUCAAAACAUGUCAAAUACUAUUUACUUUCCUCCUUUUCACCAACCAACUAAUCUUAAAAAAAUGACUUUAAAAGUGUAAUAAUUUAUAUAAAAACCAAAAUUUCCUUCUCCUACCUUGUAACUAAUAUUGCCCAUUGGAUUUUCUCAAAACCAUUUGACACCACCACCACCAACCCCAACAUCCUUAAUUUUUACUCUAUAUAAAGCCUUCUCAUUUCCCCCUUCUUAAUCUCAAAUCUAUAUCUAUUAUCUACUUCAUUCCAUAACUACAACAAACUUAAAAAGAUGGCUUCUAAUUCCAACUCCAAACCAAUCAUUUUCACUCUUCUUCUUGUUGUUCCUAUCAUAACAACACUUGUCACAACCAACAACACUAAAUUGCCCAUCUUAGUAUCCAUUCCUAUAAUCUUCUUUGCCUUGCAAAAAUUCUUUGCAAGACACUCCUCGAAAAACCUCCCUCCUGGUCCAAUUUCCCUACCAAUAGUAGGAAACUGGCUCCAGGUGGGAAAUGAUCUAAAUCAUCGUUUUCUCACAUCACUUUCUCAAAAGUACGGUUCUGUUUUCCUACUCAAACUCGGUUCUAAGAACUUAACUGUUGUCUCUGACCCUGAACUCGCCAACCAAGUCUUGCAUGCUCAGGGUGUCGAGUUUGGUUCUCGCCCUAGAAAUGUUGUCUUUGACAUAUUCACCGGGAAUGGACAAGACAUGGUUUUCACUGUCUACGGUGAUCAUUGGCGCAAGAUGCGCAGAAUCAUGACUCUCCCGUUUUUCACUAACAAAGUUGUCCACUUUUAUAGUGCUAUGUGGGAGAGGGAAAUGGACCUUGUUGUGGAUGAUCUUAGAAGUGAUAUGAAGGUGAGAAGUGAAGGAAUUGUGAUUAGAAGGAGACUGCAGCUCAUGUUGUACAAUAUCAUGUAUGGAAUGAUGUUUGACACUAAAUUUGAGUCACUUGAUGACCCUUUGUUCAUUGAAGCUACUAAGUUUAACUCUGAAAGAAGUAGAUUGGCUCAGAGUUUUGAGUAUAACUAUGGUGAUUUCAUUCCUUUGUUGAGACCUUUCUUGAGAGGUUACUUGAAUAAAUGCAAGGACUUGCAGAGUAGAAGGCUAGCCUUUUUCAACAACUACUAUGUCAGCAAAAGAAGGGAGAUUAUGGCUGCAAAUGGAGACAAGCACAAGAUAACUUGUGCUAUAGACCACAUAUUAGAUGCUGAGAAGAAAGGAGAAAUCAGCAAAGAGAAUGUACUUUACAUAGUUGAAAACAUCAAUGUUGCAGCCAUAGAAACCACCUUAUGGUCCAUGGAAUGGGCAAUAGCCGAGUUAGUCAACAAUCCAACGGUUCAAACCAAAGUUCGCGAAGAGAUCAGAGCGGUUCUUAAAGGCGAAAAUGUAACAGAAUCAAACCUGAAUCAGUUACCAUAUCUACAAGCAACUGUUAAGGAAACUUUGAGGCUACACACACCAAUACCUCUUUUGGUACCACAUAUGAAUCUUGAAGAGGCAAAGCUAGGAGGCUUCACAAUUCCAAGAGAGUCUAAGGUUGUUGUCAAUGCUUGGUGGCUUGCCAACAACCCCGAAUGGUGGAAGAACCCCGAGGAGUUUAGACCAGAGCGGUUCUUGGAAGAGGAAGGUAGCAUUGAGGCUGUGGCAGCAGGGAAAGUUGAUUUUCGAUUCUUGCCUUUCGGUGUUGGGAGGAGAAGUUGCCCUGGAAUUAUACUUGCUUUGCCUAUAUUGGCUUCUGUUAUUGCUAAGUUGGUUUCAAGCUUUGAAAUGAAAGCUCCUAAGGGAAUGGAAAAGGUUGAUGUGAGUGAGAAAGGAGGACAGUUUAGUUUGCAUAUUGCUAAUCAUUCUAUUGUUGUGUUCAAUCCAAUCAUGACAUGAUUUAAGUUCAAAAUCUUGUGUUGUUAAGUGUUUGUUUUAGUGUUCUUUUCUUCCCCACAAAAACUAUUGUAAUUCACAUUGGUUCAAUGUUCAAAAUUUGGACAAAAUAAAUAAUAAGAGAUGUUUUCUGUUUCAAA